UACCAGCAACAACACCUUUACGGGCAGGAGCAACCCAGCUACUUGCCCGGUGUUUAUAGCAAUCUUUCGCCUUCAUUAAACGAGGACAAAGAACCUACGUGCCCCUCCGAGCCGUGCCCCGGCGCCACGCAGACCUUCGACUGGAUGAAAGUGAAGAGGAACCCCCCCAAGACAGCUAAAGUGUCGGAGUACGGACUGCUGGGCCAGCCCAACACCAUCCGCACCAACUUCACCACCAAGCAGCUGACGGAGCUGGAGAAGGAGUUUCACUUCAACAAAUACCUCACCCGGGCCCGGAGGGUGGAGAUCGCCGCUACCCUGGAGCUCAACGAAACCCAGGUCAAGAUCUGGUUCCAGAACAGGCGAAUGAAACAGAAAAAAAGGGAAAAGGAAGGUCUUGCCCCUGCUGCUGCCUCCAGGUCUGCGAAGGGAACAAGUGAAGCCUCGGAUCAGUCCAACUGCACCUCACCUGAGGCCUCCCCCAGCUCCGUGUCCUCCUGA